AUGAGAAGGAGACUGCUAGAAUUUGAAGUUGGUGAUCAAGUUUUCCUUAAAGUGUCACCAACAAUAGGAGUAAGUCGAUCCCUGAAGAUUAAGAAGUCAUGUUCGAAGUAUGUUGGACCGUUUCAGAUAUUGUCCAAAGCUGGACUAGUAGCACACAAGUUGGCCCUUCCCCCAAACUUAAGUCAAAUUCAUAAUGUCUUCUAUGUCUCCCAACUAAAGAAAUACUACCCAGACCCGACACAUUUCAUAAAUCAUGAUGACAAUGUGGUCCGAGACAACUUGCCUUUUGAGGUCGGACCAGAGCGAAUCAUUGAUCGAAAGGACAAAAACUGA